UAUGGUGGUGAAUUGUCCUUGAAAAGUGUCAUUUAAAAAUAUUAGUAAAACGCAGUACUUUAGAUGUUCAAAUCUGGAAUGAAAUUGGGUUGGAUAUGUGAUUUAAAUAUGUUGUUGUACUCCGCGUUCAGUUAAUUAAUAUUGUACUCGUUUAACACCAAAAACAAAAGUUGACUUAAUUUCAUUCUGGAGUUUAUCAAUUCGUAAGCACGUUCAUAAGUAUGAAAGAACUUAACAACGUCCAAAUUAUUUCUAUUGAUGACAUGGUUUGAAAUACAGACAUAUUCUGUAUACAUUAAAAACUUCUCAUAUAACUGGAACAACUUUUUCAUUGUGAUCCAUUGUAUAGUAUGCUAACUUAAGGCGGCUGUAAAAUAAAGGCGUAUCGACCAUGGAACUUCCGGACUCUCUUACGAUAACAUGGACGUUAGUGGCUCUUUUUGCGUCACUUUUUUGUUGGUACCUGUACCGUCACUUCACUCAGCUUCGUCGUCGUGGAAUUCCGGGUCCGACACCAUGGCCCCUAUUUGGAAACUUGCUGCACCAGUUCAUCAAGGGUUUCGAAAAAACUGAUGCAGAAUGGUUAAACAAGUACGGACAAAUAGUUGGAUUCUACAACGGGUACCAACCUGCAGUACUGGUGACUGAUCCAGAGCUGUUGAAAAUGGUCCUCGUGAAAAACUUCCCGAACUUCUCCAACAGACCGGUUCCAAAGAAUAUUCCUCAACUGCUAGCAAACGGUAUAUUCUUCAUGAAAGGACGAAAAUGGAAGAAGACACGUAACAUUCUGACGCCGACUUUCAGUGCUGCAAAACUCAAAUAUUUCCUACCAAUUAUCAACUCGUGUGCGGAGACGCUGGUUAAACACCUGGAGAAAAGAAUUGGAGAGAACGUUCCUGUUCGCAAGUCGUUCAGUCACUUUACUAUGGACGCUAUAGCUUCAACGGCGUUUGGUAUUGAUAUAGACUCGCAGAACCAGCCGAAUGAGCCAUUCGUGACCAACAUUGAUGCAAUCUUCCAACCUAAUAAACUAGCACGCUUAUACGUUCUUUUUACGUCGUCUAUACCGUUUCUUGGAGAUGCGUUUAGCCGGCUUGGACUGUCAAGUUCUCCGUCAAAGUCUCUCGAUUUCUACGAACAAACAGGCCAGGCACUUAUUGAUGAGCGGAAAAAACAAAAAAUGCCGCGUGUAGAUUUUAUCGAGUUGUUAAUGAACGCCGAGCUGGAUGCCAGUCGAAUGGAAUACGUUCAUAACGGGGUUGAAAUGGGGAACGGAGCACAUACAGCUAACGGAGAACUCAAAGAAAAACUUACGGACUAUGAGGUGAACGCACAGGCGUUCACGUUUUUCUUAGCGGGAUUCGAGACGACGGCGAGCCUGUUACGUUACGCGACAUACAUGCUGGCCUUACGUCCUGAUAUUGAUGAGAAACUUUGCAACGAGAUUUCGGAAAAUAUUGGCGAAGAUAUCCCGACGUACGACAAUAUUGGCACCUUGAAGUACAUGGAUCAGUUCAUCAGCGAGACGUUACGGUUUUAUCCUCCUGUACCGAGGUUAAGCCGUCUGGCACAAGAGGACCUGGUAUACAAAGACAUGGUGAUUCCUAAAGGGACCAGUGUCGUAAUACCCGCCUGGUCCGUACAUCACGACCCGAACCACUACCCGGACCCGGAAACAUUCGAUCCAGAUAGAUUUGCCCCGGAGAAGAAAUCCAGCUACCCCUCAGAAGGGGUUACCUUCCUGCCUUGGGGUUUAGGACCGCGUCAUUGUAUAGGUAUGCGCCUGGCUCAGGUCGAGGCAAAAGUCGCGCUCGUGCAUCUGUUGAGAAACUUCCGGUUUGAGAAAUGUGAUCAGACGCAGGUACCUCUGGAUCUAUCCCAUGUUGGGCUGUUGAGGCCUCGAACCCCUAUUACUUUGCGUCUUCAACGCCGAUGAGCGACUGCCGUAAAGCAAGCCUUCAACUGCUGUUGGGAAUAGCAGUAAUACAGCAUGUCAAGCAUUCCUGGAAAGAGGCCCUGCUGAAGAUAAACAGAUAAAUGAAUAAAUGCCGACGUGUGUGUCCCAGGUCACUGAAAUUAAUGUUGAUAUCAUCUCUUAACAUCAGCCCACUCGCUUCUUUGCAUAAAUUUACAUACGUUCAGUAGCUAAACAUGGAAAUAUGUAUUACCUUUAUGUUCAAAAGGGUUAUCAAACUAUCGCUUUGUAUUUAUAGAACCAUUGAACAAACAGCUCGUUUGACAAGUCUUUAUAACGCCGAUGUAUGGAAAGUUUUACCCACUUUUUUCUUUUCAAUAUUUUUUUUCGCAAAAGUAAUGUGAAUAAUGCGUGAAGUCGAAUAAACUUUUUUUAUUGAAUGUUUACAGAGAAUAUUUAUUCGAAGGCUAUUAUUUUUUAAUGUACACAUGAGUGUUAUGUAUGUGGGCAUAUAAGGUUAAAGUGACACUCUUAUUCCAAAAUAAGACAUACACAUGUAUAACAAACAUAAAAUUUGAAUGAUAAAUCUUUAACAACUUACUAAGUAAUGCAUUAAUGGACAAUAUUAAUUACUGAUAACUAGAUUGUAACCGUGUAUUUAAAAGCUGAAACGCAAAAAUAGUAAAUGAUUGGUGAGUGUUAAAAUAUUUAUUGUGAUGAUAAUAUCUUGUUUUCUGCACCUUUCUUUCAAAUUUAACUCGGUAUCCUUUAUAAGAACCAUUGUUUUCGACAUUUAGUCAUCAUUUUUGGUAUAUUAAAACAAUUGUAUUCAUUGUAAAACAUCUUAUUUGGAAGUAAGAGUGCAUCUUUAAUUUGUACAUUCUAGUUGUAUCACAUCAAUGAUAUGUAACGUCUUAUCGUUGAACUUAUGUUGUUCAAUUUAUAUGUUGGCAACUGUUUAUCGUAAUUCUUGUUUCAUUGUAAAUAUUUUGUAUGGUGUUGUGUUUUUAUCUCCAUAUUUUGAUAAGCAUCAUUUAUAAUAAAAUGGAAACUCAGUUGGUCUUCCAUUGACCAAGCCUUCUAUUGACCAAAACUAUUACUGCCACUGUUUAAUUAUUGACCUAGUGUUAAUACGGGUUAAACUUUCUAUUGAAAACGUAUCUUAAGUCUUUUUGAUAAUUUACUUUCGGGAUUCAGAGUAUGAUUAAAGCCCCACAAUUACAAUUUACAUCAAUAUCUCUGGUCUUAAGUAAAAUGUCAAAUAUGUUUUAGCAAGCCUGAACAGUUUAGAAGAAUGACCGGGUCAAACUUGUGGUAUCUCUUCUAAUUAACAGCUCGGCAUGGUGCCCAUUGUUAGCCUUAUGAGAAUAAAACUUUGGGGGUACUUAUUAUACAUGAUUAAUUAUGACAUGUCGACACGGUAUUGUUCAUCUGAUUAAUUAUAUUACUUUGUAUUAUCAGAGAAGACCAAAUAUUAUCUUCGGGAAAUAAAUUAAAAAUCUCUGUACUCAA